UUGGUUGUCACACACUAAGCUUAUAUGUUUAAUUAAUCGUAGAUUAUGGCGGAUCAAAACAUUGAUGUCGGAGCCACAUCAGGAGUUCCUGGUCCUGAUACCACUGAAAAUGGGUCACUUAUGGGUGGAAUUCUUAGGGCCAUAGGUGAUCUUACAGCUCUUGUGGGCUAUCAGAUAAGACAGACUCAAGCACAAGGUCAAACCCAAACUGUUCAUGUAGCUAACGAAGGGAUAUGAAGUUUAUUGGAAAGGUUCAAAAGACAGAGGCCGCCUGUAUUUAAGGGUGGGCCUGACCUAUCUGAGGCCGAGAUGUGGAAGAAACAGAUUGAUAAAAUAUUCAUGGUUAUGAAGUGCGAUGAAUACCAGAAAGCGGAAUUGGCUAUUUACAUGCUAGAAGGGGAGGCAGAUCAUUGGUGGGACUCAGUCAUUAGGAUGAACCCGAGAGUUGAAGUCUGGACCUGGGCUCAGUUUUGUGAGAAGUUUGAUGAUAAAUAUUUUCCUUUGUAUGUGAAAAAUCAAAAGGCAGGAGAAUUCAUGAAAUUAGAGCAGGGUGAUAUGACGGUGCGCCAGUAUGAUGCUAAGUUCACGGAGCUAUCGCGAUUUGCAACUUUUCUGGUGUCCGAUGAAACCCGUAAGGCACAAAAAUUUGAAGAAGGUCUGAGAGCCUCUAUUCGUAGCCGAUUAGCCCCUUUCGUACAGAAGACCUAUGCCGAAGUGUUGGAGCGUGCCUUAGCAGUGGAGAAAGACAUCAACGAAUAUUGGAAGAAUCGUGAUCAGAGGAGGGACGUAAAGAGUGGUGCUAGAACUGCAACACAUAUAUCUCCAGCCCAACAAGAUGCAGCUAAGAGGCAGAGAACAACAUCGAUAUCGAUGGCCAGACCGACGACAGUACUUCCUCCACCACGAUUUUCAGGAUUUUGCUAUAAUUGUGGACUCGAAGGCCACACUUCUCGUUUUUGUUCCAGACCACAGCGCACACAGUAUCCACAAAGGUCAGGAUCUUCACAUCAGUCUUUCAGGCCUCCCCAGCAACAGACGCCGCCGUCUAUGUCACAGCGACCUCCACUACAUCCUUCUGCCUCACAGCCUUCAUCGAGACCACCUCAGCCAUAUCCACAGAGGCCGCUACAGUCAUACUCGAGGCCACCACAGCAAGGACCUUCAUCGGUAUAUCAGAGACCACCGCCACAGGUUAAACCUCAGCAGUACCAGCAGUCAAGGCAGGGAGUUCAUGCACCACGACCACAAGCUCAAGGUCGAGUCUACACCCUAGUACAAUCAGGAGACGACACAGUGCAGCUGUACAAGAACUUGGCGCAACAAUAUGAGGGCCCAAUUCAAAGUUAUGAUGUUCCAGCACAGUCUGAGGAUGGAGCGACCCAGAUUUGUGAUGAUGCCACACCCUUAUAUGAGGAUCCAGCAUCGCCAAAAAUGACAUUAUUCAGCUUGACAUCGAGGGUAGCAGCGAUGUAG